AUGAGAAGUAAGGGAUACAGAAGAGGAACGAGGUCUCUGUUUUCGCAAGACCACAGAAAGCAUGGUGUUGCACAUGUGUCGAAAUAUCUUGAGAAGUAUGAGAUAGGUGACAUGGUUGAUAUUGUAGUCAACCCGGCCAUGAUGAAGGGAAUGCCUCACAAGUACUACCAUGGAAGAACGGGGCGUGUCUACGAUGUGAAGCCCAGGUCUGUUAACAUUGCUCUUUACAAAAGGGUCCGCGGGAAGUAUGUGAUCAAGAAGGUGAUUGCACGUAUCGAGCAUGUGAGGAAGAGUAGGUGCUGCGAGGAGAGCCGUGAAAGGAUUCUCAAGGCCUCUGAGCUUGCAAAGAGUGCUGAGGCCAAAGGAAUGGUGCUUCCUCCGAUCAAGAGAAAGAUUGAGGGGCCGAGGAAGAGCAUGGAGAUAUCUCUUGAGAACAACCAGCCGAUCGAAGUUGGCCAUGAGCCUCACAUAGUGAUCUUCUAA